CAACUAAUUAUGAUCUAAAAAAACGUGCAAAGAGUCAUAGUUUACUGUAUAUGUAUAUGUAUAUAUUCAUAUAUAUAUAUAUACGACUUAUCUAUUAAGCCCGUAAUGAUAAUGAUAACAAAUAUAUUGUUAUCAAGUAAAAUCACUAUACGAAACAUAUUAAGUACUUCAGUACAUUUAUGAAGUUCAUAACGUCAGUCUAAAAAAAAUUUUUUAAGUUAUAUAUUUUUACUAAGUGUCUAUUUUUUAUACUCUUUUAUAAAAAAUAAAAUGGAUAAUUUAGAAAAUUUACAGUUGCAAUUAUAUAUAGUCUGCGGAGUUGUUGCCUGCUGUCUUGUCUUGAUUUUAACUUUGAUAAUUGUUCUUUUUAUAAAAGUUAAUGAUUUAUCACGCAAUAGAAAUGGAACGAAUCGAGACUUGGAUACAGAUUUUUGUUACUCAAAUCCAGCAAUAGUACCUGGUGAAGAAUUAUCAAGACGUGGUUACUCAAUUUACCGCGCACCGGAAAAUCCAAUUAUAUCACAAUCGAAUAUAAAAAAUAAAUAUGGAAAUUCGCGUGAAUCUUUAUCGAGGUUUUAAUAAAUUAAUAAAUCAAUUAAUUAAAUUUAUUAAGAAGCUAAACAAUUUUUUUUUAAACUUGUAUUUUCUAUUUGAAUAUUAAAUACUUAGUAAAUUA